UUUUUGUGUCAACAAGAGAAUGGUUGCAUCUCUCCACAUACCAUUUAUAUGCUGGGUAGCCGUGUUAUUUUUUGUGUCAACAAGAGAAUGGCUGCAUCUCUCCACAUACCAUUUACACUUACCUUGCCUUCAACACGCUAGUACGGAGAUUCUUGCAGUCAUGGGUAAAGGAGUAGGUCUGUUUGUGUUUUUGCCAGUUUUUGCUUGUAUACUUGGACUUACAGCCAGCGGACAAAACGCUGUUGGCGAUUCAACCCAGGACAGCAGCAACAGCAAACGUGCGAGCGCGGAAAAUGACAAAGUAUCUCGAGAGUUUAAGGCGGGCCAGUUUGGCAGCGAAAUAACCGUUAACCAAAACCAGCUUACGCCGGCUGCUGACGCGGCGAGCUCGCAGGAGAAGGGCGCGGUGACUCGGGCCAACGGCACAGCGAAACGGAUUCUCAUCAUUGACUGCUUGAUGGAUGGGAGCCACACCCACAUCCAGCGUCUCCUGGCCAGAGAGCUGGCUUCAAGGGGCCACAAUGUCACCUGGUUAACGGCAAAGGUUCUUCUUUACUGGCCUACGGAAGAAGAUAAGCAGCUGAUCAAUUUCCGCACCUUCGACGCAACAAUGACCCGUGAGAUACAGCAAAAAAUAUUGGAUUACUGGACUCGGAAGAGUUUGAACGGAGAAAUGGCAUCGUUUUCUUGGUAUGCAAAGAUGUGGCUAGGGAAAUCAGAGGACGAAGUGAAGUACAUGUUCAAAAAUCUGGAAAAUAAUUUGAAGUCGUUUUUCCUGGGUGUGGAUUUUGAUGGUCUUCGUGCGGCUAACUUCGACGUGGUCUUGUGCGAGGUUAUGUUCCCGGCCUGCAGCGUCGUCGCUCAUGAUGUUCUCCAGGUGCCGUUCAUAAACACGGUGAAUGGAGGCUUUCUUGGCACGAGGUACAGCCGGUGGUACAACCAGUCGAGUCCCCUGUCUUACGUCCCCGAGUUUGUCACUGGCUACACUGACAGCAUGACCUUCCCCCAGCGGGUCAAGAAUCUCCUGGUGUCUGCAGCGUCGAUGCUCAUCUACAACUACGCCCUGUUUGCUGGCGUGGACAGGGCGAGGGCCGAGACCGGCUUUGACACUCGGUUGGGAGCAAGAGAAAUCAUGGCACGCUCCGAACUCUUCAUCCUAAAUUGGGAUUUUCAUAUCGAGUUUCCCAGGCCAAUCUCUCCUAACACAAUUCUGAUAGGUGGGCUGACGAUCGGCGCGCCCAAACCGCUGCCUCAGGAUUUCGAAACUUUCAUCCAAGGUUCUGGCAAACAAGGAGUGAUUAUAUUCUCUGUCAGCACCCUUCUGCACGUCAUGGAUAUGGAGAUGGCCGAAAUGAUCGCCACGGCGCUGGCCAAACUCCCCCAGCGAGUCAUCUGGAAAUACCUUGGGGACAAGAGGCCCGCGUCUCUCGGCAACAACACCAUGAUCGCCCCCUGGAUCUCACAACAAGACCUGAUCGCGCACGAGAAAACGCGUUUGUUGAUCUACCACGGCGGUUUGAAUGGAGGCUACGAGGCCAUGUAUUACGGCGUACCGAUUUUGGGGAUUCCCAUGUUCACGGAUCAGGUGGACGAUCUGGUUCGGCUGAAGUACCGCGUAGGGAUGGCGGACUAUUUCCCGAAGGGGAUGCGGGGUCUGACGUCCGAGCAACUUUACCAGGGCAUCAGAGGUGUCCUGGAUGACCCAUCUUACAGCGAGAACGCUAAGCGAGCGUCGGGAAAGUUAAGGGACCAUUUAAGCUUUUCCCGUGAGAUCUGGCCCCUGGCUCAGACAGCCCGCCGGAUAGAGUCCGCCAUCGAACACGGUACCGCCCAUCUGCGGACCAAUACAGAGAGCCUUGCCUGGUACCAACAAAUUUUAGUCGAUGUCAUCUGCAUCUACAUAUCUGCAAUCGUAGCAUCUGUAUUUGUUCUGAGUAAAUUUGCUUGCUCUUGUGGCUCAAGGACAACGCCGAGAUAAACAAUGACCCACCUCUACCAGUCAAAAUCUCUGUCUUCAUCUUCGGAUGAGUGAUUAAGUGUACGAGAUGGUAUGGUGUACGCGUUGACCAGCACUCGAAUAAUAUUAUGUACCGUAACGAUUGUAUUAUUAUUGUCGACUAGCCUGUACGAGAUUGUACGUCGCAGAAAUGACAUAAUAUAUCAGACGUAAUAUUUCUCCCUUUUGGUUUAGAAUAACUGUUACUAUCGAAAAGAAAUCGCUCUCAUAAUAAUUGCAUACCAAACGUUUGGCUGACAAGAUUUGCAGAGAUGCACCUGUAUUGAUCAGUGUGAGAUUUUUAGUUCAGAAUUUCCAUUUGUCCUGUUCAUUUCGAAUGGGAUUGUUCAUUUUUGUGUUCAGUAGAAGUGAUUUUUGUAUUGAGUGUUUUGGUAGCUAGUACCACUCAUUGAACUAUUCUUUGGUUUUUGUACUGACGGCCAGCAAUAGCAUUACCACAGGGAAGAAGUGUGCCAUUGGUAUAGAAAAGAGCAGCUCUAUUAAGGAAAUUAUAAUUAUUUAAAUAAUACAGCCGAUUAUGCAAUAUUUUCAGUGGGCCUCCAAGAGUUUGGAACACGUUCGCCAAUCACAAACGCGCGAAAUCUGUCGACACUUUGCAAACGCGCAUUGGGUCGACAGGUCUCGCUAAUUGUGAUUGGCCAACAUGUUCCAACUGCUUGGAGGCGUACUGUUGUGGUGUUUGCUAAUUGUUAAGUGCUGGGUCACAUGAGGGCGCUAUUCAUGUUGUCCAUGAAUCGUUCGGUACGUUGACGUGUAGUAGUAUCUUGGUGAUUUGGACAUGCUAUGCGGGCACGAGAGAUAGUGCCAGGUUUAAUAAUGCAUUCAUUUAUAAAAUUUUAAUGUCUUUGUUAUGUGAGUUAUGCAAAUGGAUAAAUAUUUAAUAGUCCAGAUCGAUUAAUAGAGGGAUUAAGUUGCAAUCAGUUAAGCUCCGGUGCCCAUGAACAUGUAAAUUGGUCGUUCGCGCCACAGCCUUGGAUCUUUUCCAAAACUUCUAGACGACUUUGUAGUCGUCAGGUUCAGGGCUGGAAUGGUCCUGUGGAUUUGCUGAAUUGUACCAGCGGGGUUGGGGACCCUAGGCUAGGGGCACAUUAGCUACAUCGACUGGUGAGUUACAUGUAUAUAGCGAGUUAUAUAAUAGCUAAUAUAAGGUCAUAAAAGUGGCUGUAUGUAGCAGGGUGCAAGUUGAAUGUCAAAUUUGCAAUGUGGUGUGCACGUACGUGUACCUCCACCUUUGUUAUUGUACAUGUACAUGUACAAUAUAUUAUGCAUGACCUUGGAAAUCCGCAGCAUGUACAUGUUACAUCUUAAGUUACAUGUAGCACCAGCAAUACUCUUCAAUGAUCAUGGACAUUGAUAUUUAACUUAAUUUAAUUUAUGGAACCAAAGAUUCAUGUUUGUUUAAAUUAAUAAUCUUGUACUGGCAGGUCUUUUCAUGAGCAAAGUGGAGAUCUCCAAUAAACCAAAAGUUGAGAGUGACACAGGAACCCCAAAAUUUGGCCUUACCGCCUCACUUUCUCUCGUCACCGGGAUCACACUACGUUAUUGUUGAUCACGUUUUGAAGCCGCCAAUUCACAGUGGUUUAAAAUCGUACCUGACCCAGACAUCAGAGAAUACAGUCGAAAUACUUCGACAUACAUUUAUAAUAACAAUUACAAAGGUAUUUGGAAGUUAUUUAGAGUCUGCUGGGUACUCAAGUUAGACGAAGGAAGGUGUUUCCGAGACGCGGGAAAAAGCUCGCCAAAAUCGUCCGUCGUGAGUAAACGACAGCGCCCUCUGUUGACAAGGUUUUCUGAAGAAAUGUCUCUCGCGCGCCACAAUUUGCUUCGUGGAUGUUUCACGCAUUACAAACGGAUGGUCACGUUAUUUGAUAU